AUGCGUCUAUUCGGCAAGAAAAAGAAAAAGCAAAUGAGCCAAGAAGAAGUCCUCAAAACAAUGGAAGGACUCCGUAAAACCCUCGAAGAUAUUGAUAAGCGAGGAAAUCUACUUCAAAACAAAGCCCAGAACGAGCUCCAACAAGCCCUUCAAAGGAAAAAAGUUGGCGAUCGAAGCGGAGCCUUAAUUUGUCUCAAGCGCAAAAAAAUGUAUGAAAGCGAGGUAGCCAAACUUGAAGGAUCCCGUAUGAACUUGGAACAGCAACUGUUCGCCAUUGAAGGAGCAAGUAUGAACAAAAAUAUUUUUGACUCACUGAAAACGGGUAACCAAGUCUUAAAAGAUGUCCAUGGGGAAAUAAAAAUUGAAGACGUCGACAGGCUAAAAGAUGAUAUGGAAGAACAGCAAGAUUUAUUGCAGGAGAUGAAUGAAGCCAUAUCACAGCCAAUUGGAAUUUUGUCGACAAUGGAUGAAGAUGAGCUUAUGGACGAAUUAGACCAAUUAGAAGCUAAGGAAUACGAAAAAGACAUGCUUGAGGCACAAGCUGGGCCAGCUCUGCAGAACAGAAAUAAUGUUAUUCAAAGAGAGCCUGUGCCUGCUCAACAAGUAAGUGCAGCGAACGAUUUAGACGAACUUUAUAACCAAAUGCAGAUGAGCUAA